AUGGAAGCCAUGGACAAUCAGAAUGGAACUUCAGCCAACUUAGUGACUGAAUUCAUUCUUCUGGGAGUCACAGACCACCCAGAACUACAGGCCCCACUCUUUGGUGUGUUCCUCCUCAUCUACAUGGUCACAGUGGUGGGGAAUUUGGGCAUGAUCAUCCUAACAAAGAUUGAUUCUCACUUACAAACCCCUAUGUACUUUUUCCUCAGGCACCUUGCAUUUACUGAUCUUGGUUAUUCCACUGUCAUUGGCCCCAAAAUGCUUGGUAAUUUUGUAGCAGAGAAAAAUACUAUUUCCUAUAAUUGGUGUGCAACCCAGCUAGCUUUCUUUGAGAUCUUCAUUAUAAGUGAACUUUUCAUCCUGUCAGCCAUGGCUUAUGAUCGCUAUGUGGCUAUUUGUAAACCCCUUCUCUACACAGUCAUCAUGUCAGACAGGAUAUGUUUGGUCCUGGUGGCCAUCCCUUACCUCUAUAGCAUACUGGUGGCAUUGCUGGUUACAGUUGAGAUUUUUCUUUUAUCCUUUUGCAAAUCCAAUGUCAUCAGGCACUUCUAUUGUGAUAGUCUUCCCUUGUUGUCCAUUGUAUGUUCUGAUACAAGUGAAAUAGAAGUCAUCAUUCUGAUCUUUUCUGCUUUAAAUUUGAUUUCCUCCCUCCUAAUUGUCCUUGUUUCCUAUAUUCUCAUUCUUGUGGCUAUCCUCAGGAUGAACUCUGCUGAGGGCAGACACAAAGCUUUCUCCACCUGUGGCUCUCAUCUUACUGUGGUCAUUGUGUUCUAUGGGACCCUUCUGUUCAUGUACUUACAGCCCAACUCUAGCCACUCCUUUGAGACAGACAAGAUGGCCUCUGUGUUUUACACCUUGGUCAUUCCCAUGCUUAACCCUUUGAUCUACAGUUUGAGGAACAAGGAGGUAAAAGGUGCCCUAAAAAGAGCCCUAGAAAAUCAAUGUAAACUUCAAAUUUAA